AUGGCAUCUCAGGCUCCUGACCGUGACCUCGAGCAGAACGGCUCCAAAAACAUGUCGCAAAACGGAAACACGGGCAAGGAUGGGCGCAAGAGGGUGCUCGUUGUCGGCGCCGGUGCUGCUGGAAUGUCGACGGCAUACCAUCUUUCGAACCACCCUGACAAGUUCGAUGUGACUCUCAUCGACUCGGUCGACUACUGCGGAGGGCAGGCCUUUUCGAUGCCCAUCAACAAAGACCGGCAUGGAGCCAGCUGGUUCAACCAGGGCGUGCAGGGCGGCAGUUACAUCUUCCACCACACGCUGACCAUGUUCGCCCGCCAGGGGUACCACGCAGAUCCCGUCAAGCUCCAAGUUUCCUUUGGCAAGGACGACAAGUUCUGGACCAAUGUCUUCCCUACCGACUUUAUCGCGAAGCACCAGGCUGAAGUCCGCAGGCUGGCCUUCAUGCUCAAGUUCAUGAGGUGGUUCGAGGUCUUCUUCGCUCUGCUACCGCUGAAGAUUGUCUUUAAGCUGUUCCGAUUUUCUGACGAGUUUACAAACGUCGUGGGAUUGCCCAUGACGGCUCUCUUCCUUGGUACCGGAAACGCGACCCCAGAAGUGCCCGCCAUUAUGCUGGAACGCCUCUGCACUUCGCCAACGUACGGAAUGUGGUACCCCGCCGACCAGCAUAGCGUCGCCUCAAAUCAACCGCCUAUGGUCGUUUUUCCCAACUUCACCGAUUUCUACACCACAUGGAAGAAGGACCUCGAGUCCCGCGGUGUGACGGUCCGCCUGUCGACCGAACUCACCGAGGUCGUUCACCGCAACAAGCGCGGCGUCCUCGUCAAGACCAAGCCCCGCACCCCCGUAGAAGACGGGCAUAACCCAGCCGGUGGCGACCCCGAUGCGAUCGAGUCCGAGGAGCACUACGACGAGAUCGUCCUCUGCGUCCUUGCCGACACUGCGAAAAAGAUCUUGGGCAAGACGUCGUCAUGGCGCGAGCGCAAGGUGCUCGGCUCGGCCACCUUCUCUGACGACAUCACAAUCACCCACAACGACGCCGACUACAUGAAGAAGUAUUACGAGAACUUUUACGAAGAGAAGAAGGCCGUCAAGGCGCUCGGUAAAAAGGGCGAGGUGGAUCAAUCAUCCCGCCUCGCGUUCGCCAAGGACAACUUUCGGCCCAUGUACUAUAUCCGCAUGUACGAUGGCGACCUCUCCAAGCUAGAGAUGAGCUUCGACACCACAAACUACCAGUCCCAAUUCCCCGAAAAGGUGCCCUUUGAGCAGCACGUGUUCCAGACGAUUUACCUGAACAAGGACCGUGACCGCAAGCACUGGACUGAUAGCGAGAUUGACAAGGACAAGAUCAUCCGCGCCGACUGGUGGCAUCAGCUGUGUCACAGUUGGACGCAUUACACUUUUGUCGUGCCGUGGAUGAUGUUCCUCCAGGCCAAGAAGCGUGUGCGGUUCGCGGGCUCGUGGACUCUGGUCAACGCGCACGAGGUCGCCAUCAUGUCUGGCAUUGCUGCCGCCGUCGAUAUGGGCGCGGAGUACCCCGAGGAUCUGGAGCAUGACAAGUUUGCGCUCUUGUGCUUUAGGCUGUACUAUCUGCUGGUGUAUGGAAAGUGGUACCGGCGCAAGUUCAAGGACAGCAAGAGUCAGAAGGCCAAGGACGGUGCUGGCUGGGCUUCUGGGUUGUAUGGUAGUGUCUACAAGGGCCCUGGUGUCGCCGAGCAGGAGAGAUCGGUUUGGAGGGAGGAGGUCAAGGCUGGUAGGAGCACGGAGAACCUGGCGGAUGGUAAUAACGGGAGAAGUCAACCAUAG